CCCAUCUGUGCCCCUAGCCUCCUGCGGCUCCCAUCUGUGUUUUCUGUGUUCAACAGGUUAUGGGCCCCGCUCUGACCCAUCUUUAACCCCUCUUCUUCUCCCCCUGCCCCUCAUUGGCCUUCCCCUUGCUGCGCAUUUUUCCAAUCCUGCCUGAUCUCCCUUCUGCCACCAUCUACCACCAUCUGCCACCUCCAGGACCACCAUUUCGACCUCAUCCACCACUGCUACACUGUACAACCAUGUUGGAGAAAGGGAUUGGGAUGGAUCAGCCAGAUCUUGGGUGGAGAUGUUGGGGAGGGUGUCAGAUUCAUUCAGAUGAGUUUAUAGCUACCACACAGCUGCUGCAUACACACAUUCCCCUGGAGUGCCCCUGCUUCACCACUCUCUCUGAGCCACUCUCCCUGCCCCCCACUCCUCCCCUCUCUCCUGAUUUCGAUGGAUUUCGCUCUGUGCUGCUGCCCCUUGCACACACCAGUCCCCACCACCCUACCCUGUCUUGUAAAGGCCGAAAAUCGUGUUGGAUCUGCUUGGAUCUGCCUGGAUCUUGGUGGAUUGGCCAGAUCUUGUUGGAUCUCUCUAGAUCUCUGCUGGAUCUCUGCAGAUCAACUUGGAUGCUGAAGAAGACUCGAAUUGGGUGCAGGGGCUGUCCGGAUUUUUGAGGAUCUGGUGGAUUUCAAUUGGGUGGGAGUGGCUGGGUUUCUGGAUUGCUUUGUCCUCCCAAGGGUGGGAGUGUUGAUGUGUGGAUUUUGUGUGUGCUUGGUUCGGACAAAGAGUGUGACAAUACUCUGUGACGCAUAGUAUAUAGCAUCAGAUCAAUGUGACCUACUGGGCUUUUCGC